AUGAGACGGUUAAAAAUAGGUAUUCGACUGCAGUUGAUUGUAUUGGUGUGUUUUGCAUCAUUGUUUUCCCUUUUGAUCCUAGGCAUAGUAACGGGGAUAUAUUUUAGUGAUAAUUUAACCGGGCUACGUUCAGAACGACUAUAUGUUAUCUCACAGUUAAAGACAACUCAAGUACAACAAGCAGUAGCAUUUGUUGCGUAUCAGGUAGGAACACUAGCGUCAAUAGAUUCAAUAACAACCCCAUUAUCACAAUAUAGAGCAGGAAAUAACUCUAUAGAUGUGUUUUUGAAUGCUCAAGAAACUUUGGAACAGUUUAUGUCGUCUACUGAAACUUUCGCUGCUGCUAGACUCUACAAUUUGGAUUUGGAGGUAAUGGCUGCAUCUUAUAAUAAUGCAACCAUAGUCUCGGAAGAAACUGGUAACGAGUUGUUCCCUUUGAAGGCAAAUGCAUCAAUCCCAGACUCUUUACUAAAUGCAAAUAGCAAUGAGUUUUAUUUCACGGGACCAUUGGCAAAUGACUCACAAAAUGCAUUCACUCCAUACUUUAUGUGUGUAACCUUACCUGUUUACUCAAAUUCUUCCAUCAUAAUAGACAAACCUUAUGUUGCUGGGUAUUUGUCUAUAAUAGCCUCGGCUACAACAAUUCAGGAUGCUUUAAAUUCUUCAUCUCAAGAUUAUGGGACCAUUGCAGUCAAGCCAAUAUACGGAACCGUGAUUGAUAAUGAGAACGAGGAAGGAGAGGGUGGCGAAGGAAUUCAACUUGGCAGAGUCACCAAUAUUGGACCAGAGGCAAUUGGAUUUCAAGCUGUAUUCCCCUCCCAAGCUUCUUUACUUCAGCCAGGUGUAAUAUACAACAUCAACUCCUCAUCAUCGAUUAGAACUGCUAUAGAGUCGCCAUCGGGAACUUCGACUAAUGUCAGGUCUUUCUCGGGCGAAAAUGUUGCCAUUGGUUUUACUCAGAUUUAUCUUAAUAAUCUUCAAUGGGUCAUAAUUGUUGUUCAACAAAAAUCUUUAUUUAUGGCUCCCGUGGAAAAAUUGAAAAAGAUAAUUAUCGGAGUCGUAUUUGGAAUUGGUGCAUUUAUGUGUUUGAUUACCUUCCCAUUAGCAGUUUGGUUCAUUAGGCCAAUUACAAAAUUAAAAGAAUCCGCCGAGGAAAGUACAAGUUACAAAAGAGAUAAAAUGUAUUUUGGUAGAGGGCCCAAAGAUAAUGGUGGUACUGGUACUGGUACUGGUACUGGUACUGGUACUGGUACUGGUGAUGAUAACUUGUCGGGUUCUGCAUUGACUGAAAAAUUUGCAACUAAAACAAGUGUUGUGUCGACAUCAUCAAAAUCUGCUGUAUCGCUGAAUUCUACUGGGGUACGGCUUCCACGAAGGAUAGAACCUUCGAAAAGGAUAUUCAAGGAUGAAAUCACUGAAUUAUCUGAAGCUUUCAAUAUCAUGACUGAAGAAUUGGAUCAACAAUAUACACAUUUGGAAGAUAGGGUGAGGCAAAGAACCAAAGAAUUGGAAGCUUCGAAAGUGGAAGCAGAGGCUGCUAAUGAAGCCAAGACUGUGUUUAUUGCAAAUAUAUCUCACGAACUACGAACGCCAUUGAAUGGUAUUCUUGGUAUGACAUCAAUUGCAAUGGAAGAAGACGAUCAGUCUAAGAUACAAGAGUCAUUAAAGCUAAUACAUAGAUCCGGUGAGUUGUUGCUACAUAUAUUAACAGAGCUAUUGACAUACUCCAAGAACACCUUGAAAAGGUCGAAAUUGGAAAAAUCAGAUUUCCAAAUUCUUGAUAUUGUUUAUCAAAUAAAAUCUAUAUUUACCAAAUCGGCAUAUGAUCAACGAGUUAACUUCAAAAUGUUUGUUAAACCUAACGCUUUGAGGAAAUUGAUUUUGUUUGGCGAUUCAAAUAGAAUUAUUCAAGUCAUUAUGAAUUUGGUGUCUAAUUCAUUGAAGUUUACCCCUGUCGAUGGACAUGUUGUAGUAACUUUUAAGUUAUUGGGAGAGUAUGAUGCAAAAAAAUCAGAGGCUUGCAACUUUGAAGAAGUAUGUCUUGUCAAUAAUCCCAAGUUAUCCAAACCAUCACCACCACCACCACCACCAAAAAAGCCGGCUAAUGAAUACAUCAACUCAAAGCAAAAACGUGCAAGUGCAAUCCGAGAUCCAUUUGAACCAAAGACUGAUGAUGAUAGUAUAAGUGUUGUUACUUUAUCAACCUCACAGUACGAGGAUGCCAUAUUUGAACAACAAUUUUUGGCCAAAAAUAAUAAAUUGGCUCCCAAUACUUCGGUGUAUUCUUUAGAGGAUGAUAGUCGUGAUAACAGCAUGUCUACCCAAAAGCCAUCAACAAAUUCAAAAAAUUCAUCCUCAAGUAGUGAUGAUUCGCUGCCACAACUUAUGGAUGAUAAAUCACAAUUAGAUACUUCUUCCGAUACCCAUCAACCUCAAGAUCUUAUGCCCAAGAAAAAUGAUUACAAGUCUUUCCUCACUAUGGAUAAAAAGAUUUCAUUUGAUAAUGAAUCUCCUGAUAAAACUUUUGUUUAUGGCGAUAAAACAUACUCCAUUAAACCAUUUUAUCAACCACAAACAUGGGUUUUGCAAAUGGAAGUAAGUGAUACGGGGUCUGGUAUUGAGCCGGCAUUGCAAGAAAAAGUUUUUGAACCUUUUGUUCAAGGAGACCAAACGUUGAGUAGAAGUCACGGAGGUACAGGAUUAGGAUUAAGUAUAUGUCGUCAAUUGGCAAAAAUGAUGAAUGGUACAUUAACUAUACAAUCUACAAUCGGUCAAGGGUCUACUUUCACAUUCACUUUACCCCUACCACAAACUGGUGAAAUCGAUAUACCCCCGUCAGAGUUGGAUGAAAUGUGUCAGGAUGAAUUCAACCCUUACUCAAAGAUAAGUAGGAAAGUUGCUUUUGAAAGUGAUGAUAAUAAGAGAGAGGGGGAAGGGAAUAGUGUCAAUAAAGAGGAAAGAAAUUUGCUGUCUGUUGUGCAAUCAUCCUCGCUUCCCAAGAAGAAUGCACCAACAACUAUUGCAAAUUUCCCAUCAUUGCCCAUCAACAUUUCCUCCUCUUCCGCCGUCACUACUGCUACAAAUUCCAAAUCAGCGUCCCGUAAUUUUGAUCAACAGGUAUUCUCGCAAGGAUCAACAGGGACAGCCAAUGUUCGUACCCCAGACUCUGGCAACUCCAGUAACAAUACUACUUCAGUUUCAACACCAAACGCACACUCAAACUUAAACCCAAACUCAAGUUCAAAUUUAAAUCCCAACCUGGGAACUUCCUUAAUGGAAGAAUUAUCCAAUUUGAAAAUCCUAGUUGCCGAGGACAAUCAAGUGAAUCAGGAAGUUAUUAAACGUAUGUUGAAACUAGAAGGAUUCAAUAAUCUCACAAUGGCAGCCAACGGAGCUGAAGCAGUUGAUUAUAUAAAGGAAUCACUUGAUACGUCCAAUCCACAAGAUCAUUUUGAUUUAAUAUUUAUGGAUGUUCAAAUGCCCAUUAUGGAUGGAAUCACUGCGGUCAAUAUAAUUCGGCAGAAUCUUCAUUGGACAAAACCAAUAAUUGCCCUUACUGCAUUUGCUGAUGACUCAAACAUUAAGGAGUGCUACAAUGCUGGAAUGGAUGGAUUUCUUUCCAAGCCUAUAAAAAGAACUAAUUUGAGGACUGUGAUUAGCAAGAAUUAUCCUGUUUUGUUGAAGGAUGUUGUUACGACACCGCACUCAAAUUGCUCUCAGCGAACUUCAUACUUUCAGGGUGUUUGA